GAAUUUGCCAGCGAGAGUGCGCGCGAAAGUUGACCGUAGCUUGUUCUUGCGUGAAGCGCAUCUUACGUCAGAGUCACUCAAAAUCCGAAAAAGCGACAGGAACGUAACUUAGAUCUUCGUCGGCGACUUGUCGCGGCCGCUGCCGUCGGGGACACGUUCCGAUCCGCAGAUGCUUUUCGAUCUGUAAGUCCGCGUGAUCUAUUAUAAGUUUUCAUAGCGAGAUCAUAGCAACAUUUUAUACGACCAACAUCCCCUUGCUCCUCCCUCUCCUUCCCGGCGCAUAAAGAUUGUUUUAAGACUUGGGACGAGACUCGUGGAUACCAAACAAUGGAUACCAAAAUUCCCGAUGGGCCACCUGGUGUUGACCUUCACCCAACAUCUAAAUGUCCGCAUGUCGUACUCGGGGUGAGUUCCACCGCGACAGCGCAAGCGCACCCCGACAACGGGGUGCAUUACCUACAGCAAGUAUUCCUGGUGAGUAUCAUACGCGCGAUUGUGAUGUGUGCAAGUACCGUGCUGCGUUUCUUCCUCAGACUAUCUCCGAAGAGUAUUCGUGACAUGCCCCGUUGCUUGACAAUUUGGACCGGUCGUAUCAGUCGACCGUGUCUUGCUGUGCAGAAUACCUGCAGUGAAUUAUGGACAAUCCCGGAAGGUGCGAUCGCGACGACGGCAGCAAACUACUUUUCCCAUGACCAGUCAAAGUACAUCUCGUUUGACGUAGUAACUCAGGUAAAAACGUACUAUUGUAACAGCAAGCCUCUUGACUAGUUUUAAAUCCGUGAGUGUAAUCG